AUGACGGGGCUCGGUUACGCCAAGUCAACUGCUGGUGAUCACAGUGAUGGUGUUGAUGUUGAUGAUGAUGAUGAUUCUGCUGGCUGGAUGCGCGAUUCUGCUGGCUUCUCGCGUGUGAUUGUCGGAACAGGAAUGGUGGACAUCAUGGCUGAUGGAGUGGAAGACGGGGAAUUUGUGUUGCCGUUCUGGCAGCUUCUCAUUGACGAUAUGGAUCAGAAGCUUCGUAGUCCUGGCCCAGCGUCCGAUGGGAAAGUUGGCCAAAAUUCAAAAAUCCCUUCUGGUAACCCCAAGUUUCAGCCGAAUAUUUCGGUCGCCGCGGCAGCGGAACUCAACAACAAUCAUUCGAACGUAAACAAGAUGACUACGCAUACGAAAGCCUCGCCGCUUACGUCAGCUGCUGUUGGCGUGUCAAACAAAGCUGUCAGGAAUCCGCCCACGCGCUCAGGGCCAAACAGACCUGUUACCAGCAGCAGCAAUGGUAGCAAGCAAACAAACGGACGUGUUCCAGCCGGCGCCAAACGGCAACUUGCUCCAUCCACCACCGUGAGCCAGGUGGCCAAGAAACAAGCCCCUGCUGCAAACACGACUGUUUCUGCGGAGGCGCCACCACCACCAGCAGCAGUAGCCUUGGCCUUAGCCGAGCCUGUUGCAAUCCUGACAACACAACCGCCGAUGUUCCCCGUGUUACCGCAAGAUUAUAUCCAUCAUCCUAUUUGCAAUCCAUCAUCGGAUAUGGAUGCGUCGGCGCAGCCACACCUAACGCCGCCGAUCCCGGUGGAACUUGAUGGAACUCUGCGAGGGAUUUCGACUGGUGGUAGGCCCGGAGGAGGAGAAGAAGAAGGAGGACAUGCGGAGGAGGCGGCGGCGACGACCCCGUCGCCGAUGGAGCAGUGCCAAGCGGAGGAUUUGGCCAGCUUGGUUUUGUCAAGUGGUGGCCAGCUAGUCACGAGUCCCUCAUCGUGUUUGCAGUGUGUUGGCAAGGAGAGGGAUUUGCGAAGGGCGGAGACGCAACUGUUGGCUACGUCUCGCAAUGUGGAAGCUUUCGUUGUAGCUUUCAAACACCUGGCCUUCGACAUGAAUGGUCUCUAUGCACCUGAUCUCAGAAUGCGGUUGGAGCAUGCUCUCACGCAGCAGGACCGACUUAUGGAAAGAAACGCGAGCAUUUUGGUUGAACUGGAGAAUUCCAAGGUCUCACAUGAAACUGAAUUGAAAUCUAUUGCCACUAAACUUCAGGAGGAGUACGAAGCAAAAUUGGAACAUCACAAUUUAAACGCGAAGAAAGAAGCCAAUCGAGCACUUGAGCGUCAUCAAGUGGAGAUGCUAGCGUUGAAUGCCGAGCUAGACGGGUUGAGGCUGGCUUGCAAGGAUCUGGAGGCGAAACUCGCUGAGAAGUUCCGAUCCGAGGCCAUUUUGAAGGAGCAAUUCGAAGAAGUGAGUGCUGAGCUGAAGCGGCGAGACGAGCAGCAAGCUCUUGAAGACCUGUCGGUGGAGGACGUGGUGAAGAGAAAGGUGGACACCAGAGUACAGGGAGUGCGAGAACGUUGCAAGCAGCUGGAGCAAGAGAACGAGUCCUUCAAAAGCAUCCAGGAACUUCAGAUCCAGGAGCUCUCUGUUUUACGGAGAUCAGGCAGUAUGUUGGAGCAGUGCAAAGAGGAGCUGCAAGAAUACCGUGACCGCGUGCGUCAUUUGGAGCGUCUAAAUGAAGACCUGGAGCUCUCUGUGAAUGCCUCUAGUCCGUCAUACAACCUCGUCACGUUUCUCCUCGACGUUCUUAUGGCACUGGCGCACGCAGUAAACCUCGCAGAUUUACUUCUGGACCAGACGUUCAAUUUGAGCUUUCUCAGGAAAAGCCAAGAUCUUUUCCACGAAAAGCAAUCAUUGUCGGAGGCUUUGACCAAGUGUAGCACGGAACGGAACUCCUACCAGCAAGAACUCACCAUGUUGCGCUACAAGAUUCAACACAAGGAAGAAUUGUCGUCCGGUUCCCACAAUGGCAAAUGGAACCUCGAUCUCAAUUGCGGUGACCGCAAAGGAGAUAAUGGACCCGGAGAAUCUUCGCCGCAGUCCACAACAUUGCCUGGGCACUCGAAAAUGCGCCGGUCGAACUCCUUGAAAUCGCCUGUUUCUCUUCAUUCACCCCUUCAUCACCUUGUGGAAAGCGGAAACAAGAGAAAUGGACUGAGAUCUCCGUUGAUGCAUCGGCUGGCGUUGGCAUCUCGCAACUUCAACCUUGGCGAAAGCAGCAGCGGUUGCAGCAGUACGACGACACCGGAAGAAGAAAACGUACCACUUUGUUCCGGAAUCGCCUCACCCACUUCCUCGUUUUGUGCUGGGUUUCCUUCCUCCGUUCCGUCGUCGCCCGGAGUUACGGUCAUAGCGGAGAACAACUCCGGAGUGUCAUUCAUUGUGUCAUUUGACGAGAUGGACGCCGCAGAGCAGUGA